AUGUUCAGAAACACGAUGCUGGCCGCCGACGAGGAACUGGGCAAGAAGGACGACGACCGCCGCUUCAGGCCAGCGCGCAAGUCCGGCUGGCCCGCAUGGAGCCACCCGCUGCGCUGGCGACGGCGGCGCACGCUGCUGGCCGUGACGGGCCUGCUGCUACUCUACUAUCUCUUCCACGCCCCUGCCAACGACUACAAUGGCGGCCUGGCACAGCAGCAGAAAUACCCCUCGACCUUGACCCCACCCACGACCUCGACGUACUACCAGAAGCCGAGCGCAAACGACGACGACGACAAUGACAACGACGAGCCCACCGGCCCACCGCCAGGCGUGCGCAAGCCCAAGCGCGGCGACCCUACACCUCAUGUCUACGAUGGACAGGUCCGCUUCUUCCGCCUCGCCAGCUCCUUGCGAUCGUCGGCCUCGUCGACGGGCGGCUAUGACCAGGAUAACAGCAACGUCCUCUUUGCCGUGUCAAGCCUCAAGAGCAUUUCGGUGCUGCUGUCUCUGGCGUGCGACAUGUCCAAGUGGAACAGGAACCACGUCCAUGUAGCCUUCAUGGGAAGGGACGACAUCCCCCUGGACGACUUGCUGCACAUCAAUGGCAUAGACAAGACCGAGUGCCCCGCCGUGUGGCACGAUGCGCGCCCAGACUAUGCAGAGUACAGCACAGAUGCGCGCGCUGAGCUGGCUGUGCAAGGAGCUCUGUCGCACAUCAAAGCCUUCCUUCACCCCCAGGCUGCCUUCUUCCAUGACCCACAGUCAGAGGACGCUUUUUUUGUUCGGGCACUAAAGACCAAGGCCAGCACACUGCACAUGCCUCUCAUCCAGGUGCCCAAGGACAGGCUCGACGAUUUCACGUGGGUCACCAGACUCGAUGCUGGCUCACUGAAACGAUGGCAUGACCCGGUCGUAGACAUUUUGAUACAGGUUCCGCCACAUUCUUCGAGCGUUAUGCGAUUGCUCAAGUCGAUCAAAGACGCUGAUUACAGUGGCCUGAGACCGCCUCGCAUCAUCAUCGAGUUACCGGCCGAGCUCGACGCGUCCGUGAAAAAACACAUGGAGAAGUUCGAGUGGCCACCAAACGGCAACGAGCACGGCCUUGGAGGCGGACUCACCAUCAGACGGCGCAUCGCGGACAACGGACACAGCCAGCAAGAGUCGGCGAUACGCUUACUGGAGCUAUUCUACCCCGCGAGCACCACCAACUCGCACGUGCUCCUGCUUUCUUCACAGGCGCAAGUCGCACGGCAGUACUUUCACUUUGUCAAGUAUACGCUCUUGGAAUACAAGUACUCUGGAUAUGGCGCUUAUGACUACGGGGAUCUAAUGGGUGUAAGCCUUGAGCUGCCACCGAUGCUCUUGGACAACAAGGCAAGGCUGGAGCCCCCCGAGGUUGGUGAUAUGAACACAAAUCGAUAUAAGAAAUUGUUUCCCAAAGCCAAGAGCGCACCGUUCUUAUGGCAGGCUCCAAAUAGUCACGCGACACUGUUCCUAGGCGACAAGUGGGCCGAGCUGCACUCGUUCCUGAGCAACCGAGUAACCAAAUAUCAAGGUUCAGUCAAGCACGCAACUCGGAAGAAGCUGGUGUCAGAGACGUUGCCAGCCUGGACCGAGUAUAUGCUUGAAUUCAUGCGAGCCCGGGGCUACUCACUGCUAUACCCCGCAGUCAUGUCUGAUUCACUAGUCACAAUACACAACGAGCUGUAUCAUGCUCCAGAGGAGUUUAGUAGGCCAUUGACAGGUGCCGAAGAGCAAACAUCCACAAUGGACAAGGAAGAAGCAUUUGUCCGCUCGGAAGAAUCGCCGCGCGUGCUCCAAAACGCGGAGCCAUCUGCCAUGGCUGAUGCAGUGCCUCUCCACCAAGCCCUGCCCUUUGAUGGCGAUCUUCCCGAAAUUCCCCACCUACCACGAUUACUUUACAAUGGCCAGCAUAUUCCAGCUGCCAAUGUGUCGGCGAUUGCACAAGCAUAUGCCGACGAAUUCCGCCAAGAGAUUGGUGGCUGCCAGCGGGUAAAAGGGAAGCACAGGAAGAGGAUUGAGGGCGAGGCAGGCGAUUUGUUUUGCUUUGGAAACGAGGACAAGGAGGACUGGGAGGAGGAUGAGAGUAGAGAGACGGAGAUGUUCAAUGCACCCAUCGACGACCAGCUGGAGAAGCUACUCCUAGUGGACGGACUGUCAACCAAGACGGCAUCAGCGAAGGAUCAUGCGAGCACAAGGACUGCCAAAGUAUCCGUUGACCACGUUGAUGGCGAUGAGGAUUUUUAG